AAAUAUGCAUCAUGUUCGAUCCGAACGCAGGCUCGCGUUUUCUCCAUGCGGGCCUUUCGGUGACGUAGGAUCGUGGCUGUGAGGCUCGUCAGAGAAGAGGAAUCUCCCUGGCAAUUCUACAUGCAGCAGGGCUGGCCGGGUGCACUGGUGUGGUUCGCAGAUCUUGGUCAACACCUUUCUUUUCUUUUUUUCUUUUUUCUUCAUCUCCUCCCACUGCGAGGAGAUGUGGAGAUGGUGUUCAGCAGAGAGAACGUCGCGUUACCUACUCUGCAGGCAGGUUGGCUGCGACUGGGCUGGCCAGUUGGGCGGGUUCUGGCUGGUUUCACGACCGAAAUCUCGCCGAUGUUGGGAUAUUGCUCGAGGCAUCUCUACCCACGGCCAUGGGUAUUGUUCCGGAGGGACUUGUCUUGCCCCGGGGCCUUUAAUGGCCGACAAAGGCAUCAUUCUGUUUUUAUUUCUAUUUUUAGUUUUUUACUUAAAAAAAAAAAAAAAACCGCCUUUCCCUCUCCCGGUGUUCAAGGAGGUUGGCUGUGAAACGGAAGCUGUUUAUUUGACUUCAGUCUAGCCCCGAUGUGAACCGCCGACGGCGAUCUGCCGUGAUCAACGGGAAUCCCGGGGCGUUCGGCGGGUCUCCGCUUUGGGGACGACCCGCGGCGUAGCGUUUCCCCGUGUGGCUUUUUGCCCCGUGCUGCGUUGGCGACGACGAGCCUCUUCAGUUUAUGCCCAUGAGGAUACCUUCCUCCCCAGGCGUCUGCAGGACACGGCUG